UGCUGCAGCUCCUCCCCUCAAAAAGCAUUUCAGCCUGUCUGUCGAUAACGCUGGGUUAUUUCUAUGUUCGCAGAGUUGGGGAAUGAGCUACAGUGCGAUUAUGAAUCUACAGAAUCUACCACAGAAAAGGAAACAGCAAGAUCUAGCAGCUGAAGCUGACAUGUUCAAGGAGCAAAAAGAAUGUAACCAUACCCAGCUCUGCCACUAACAAAAAGGAAAAGCCAGGCUUAAAUAGGCUCAGCUCAACAUUUCACAAGAAGAGGAAGCAACAAGAACAAAGGCAGAUACAAAGUCUCCAACUGAAGACCAUGCUGAAAACAGAAGAAUCAUUUGAAAUUAUGGAUUGAAAGAGGUUUACAGCGUCAUUUCCUGCUGACUAAACCAGAGGAGGAGAAAAUCAGGACAGAAGGGACAAUUUUAUCUUUAGGUGAAGAUGACAGACAACAGCAUAAAGGAGAACUGCAACAUCAACGAUGAUUUUAAAUACAUUUUAUAUGCCAUAGUUUUCAGCCUGGUUUUUAUACUAGGACUGAUCUUCAACAUGGUGACUUUGUACAUAUUCAGUUUUACUCUUAAACAACGGAAUGAAACCACCAUAUAUAUGCUCAACUUGGCUGUAUCCGACACACUCUUUGUACUCAGUCUCCCUUUCAGAAUCUUCUAUUUCAUCAACAAGCACUGGCCAUUUGCAGACAUGCUUUGCAAAAUCUCAGUUGCACUAUUCUACACGAACAUGUAUAGUAGCAUCUUAUUCCUCACUUGUAUCUGUGCAGAUCGCUUUCUGGCAAUCGUUUACCCAUUUGCUUCCAGGUCACUGCGGACUAAAAGAAAAGCAAUAAUCGCCAGCUGUGUAAUCUGGCUCUUUGUGCUGUCAGGGAGCUUCUCAAUAGGAUUUCAACUGGACACAUCAGGGAACAACAAUAACACCACCACCCCCAACAAUACCUCUGUCAAGUGCUUUGAAAAGUACAGCAGUGACCAAUGGAAGUCCAAAUUAUCGAAAGUAGUAGUAUUCAUGGAGGUGGUGGGCUUUGUAAUUCCAGUAAUGAUCAAUCUUUUCUGCUCCAUUAGGAUUGUUAGGAUCCUACGCAAUCCCAGCACCGCUAAACAUGAAGGGCAGCUAAACAAGACCAAGGUCUUGCGAAUGAUCGUGGUGCAUUUACUCGUCUUCUGUUUAUGUUUCAUUCCUUAUAAUGUCAAUCUAGUCUUUUACGCUCUAGUCCGGAGUAAAACCAUCAAGAACUGUGGCGUGGAAACAGUAGUUAAGAUAUUUUACCCCAUUGCCUUUUGCAUUGCAGUGACAAACUGCUGCUUUGACCCGAUUAUUUACUACUUUACCUCAGAAACCUUUCAGAACACCAUCAAGCGCAAGUCUUAUGCUGCUCAGAGCAGCAUAAAGCACGGUGAUGGCACGGAAACAGAGUCAGUGAGCAAGUCUAUAAGACAGAAACUCUUCAAUGAGUCAUCAUUAUGAGAUCAUCACCCACCAGAAGAGCGGGGGAGAAAUGGCUCUACUUCUGUGUCAGUUUUUUUAUUGUGGUGCCAUGAAAGUGUUUACAAUUGUCUUUUAAAUGUUUGUUUAUUUUAUGCUUUUGAGUGAACAAAUACCUGCUUGUACAAAUGUAUGUUGCAUGCCAGUAUGAUGACAAUAGGGGUGCCAUAUUAAGUACUCCCUUACAUUUCCAUUCCAUUGUUUUAACUGUAGGUUGAACUACAGAAAAAUAGCUUUAAGCUAAUCACAGGGUCUCAUAACAUUCUACAGUCAUUUUUUUUCUAGGUUUUAUUUACAAAUGUUCAAAAGCUUGGAGUCUAAUUCUGCUGUACAGAUGUAUACAAUUAUUUUAUUACGUUGUUUAUACUGUACAUCAUAGGUUUCAGAUCAUUUGUAUGAACCUGUAAAAAAAACAAUAGGAAACUUUAGGUGUGUCCAGAAUAACAGAAUAAUGAACUCAUUUUUCAAGCUGUGAUAAAAUGUUAGGCAGUUAAAUUAUGAACAAAACUGUAAAUGAUAAUUACAGUAUAUCAAUUAAUGACUUUUGGUUUAAAAAAAAUCUCAACACACAUUCAGGUGUCCAAUUUAGUGUAUUGGCAUAUACAAUGUAUAAGCAUUAUUGAAUAAACUAACAUAAAUUAUUAAUAAUACAAGUGAUCCCAAGCUUUUGAACACUAUAUGCACAUGGAUGGAUGUAUUGGAGAUUUUGUUAUGUUACACAAAUAUAUGCUGGACACACCGUUAAGGUGAAUGCUACAGAAAGAAGCAGUGUUUAAAAGUUGGGCUCAGAGGUGAGAGCUGAAGCUCCAAAAAAAAAAAAAACAACCCACAAUGUUUCUAUUAAGUCAUUAAAUUUCUAUUAAGCCAUGUACUCCAGGCAAUUUUUUCUUCUCUGAUGCAUAUUGUGAACUGUGAAAAAAGUCCUCAAAUACUGACAGUUUUUGCCAUGUUGCUGACCCCUACACUCUAAAAACUGAUAUGUUAAAUGACACAUUUACCCAUGUUAUCCAUUGUAACACAUUUUGUGUUGCUUUAAACAUUUUGUAUGUAUUAAAAAAUGUUUUGCCCAAUAUAUAUAUAUUUUUUUAACUAUUAAAAUCUGUACUGUGAUAUAA